CUCGAUGUAUAUAUAAUCAAAAUCCGAUCAAAUUGUAGUUUUAUUCAAAAAGCACCUUAAAGUAUGCGCAUUACAAUUUAACACCGAUACUUGUACCACAAUGCCGUCGAACCAACCGCAAUUCCGCAAGUUUAAGGAUCAUUUGUUUAAAAGGCUCAAGCGCUUGCAGACGAGGAAACCGCCACCAAAUUUAAAUAGAAGCUAUUCAGCGAAGCUUGCCAACUCCAUCAAACGUCGUGCACUUAAUAUACAAGCCAAGGCCACACCUACUUCAUGCAGAGCCAAAAGAAAUUUGCGACUUCAAUAUGCCAGGCAAUAUGCAAAGCAGCAGCAAGAACGAAAUCAGCAACGUCAGUCGCAACGCCAAAAUCAGCACCAACAGUCAUUGCCAAAACCAAAGUCUUAUGCCACGAUUCAGCGGGCAGCUGGGUCCAACAGUUUGUUAAAGAAGAAAACAGAAGAGGGCGAGAUUAUUGAAGAGAUUGAGAGUAGCGAUGAUGAUGAUUGUAUUGUGUUGGAACCGGAUAUGGCUAAAAUCACUAUAGAUACAGAUGAUGACGCAGACGACGAGUCACCGAAGGAACCAAUUAGCACCAAAAUGGAUGGAGACAUUGGUACAGUUAGUCGUUUUGAAGUGGAUAAAAAGCGGGAGCAUAAAUUAUGGGAAAAUUUUGCGAGGGGGACCAACUACAAUAGCGUUGACUAUGCCACAAAUACUGCGAAUCCAUUAUCAACGAAUGAUACUUCUUGCAUAAUCAUUGAUGACAGCAUUGUUAUUGAUCAGUCCAACAAAGAAGAUGGUAAAAAUCUCGUUUCACAGCAUUUAUUAGAUGAUAGUGUGAUAUUUAUACAAGAAGACUUUAUACCCUUAUCGAGGGUCAAUGGUGAUGAUUUAAGUCCAAAGCGAAGACGUCAUAUGAACUCUACAGAAGAUGGAUUAAGAGCUGCUAAGACGCCAAGAAAGACUACACAACGGAUGAACGAAAGCUUAUUUACCUCAACGGAACGCAAGAAACUCGCCGAUUAUAAUAGUAAUACAUAUAAUCCAGGUGUAGAGGAAAAUGUGCCAAUAACUCACAAACGUCCCAUUAUCAUAGAUGGCAGCAAUGUGGCCUUUGGUCAUGGUCGCUCCAAUGUAUUCUCUUCGGAAGGCAUAAAAUAUUGUAUAGAGUAUUUUCAGAAGAUGGGACACGAUGUAAAAGCUGUCAUUCCAUUGUUUCGACGCAACGCGAACAAAUCAUCGAAUCCGGCCCUGCUCGAUCAAUUGUAUAAGGAUGGAAACAUUGUAUUUACACCCUGUAAAAAUUUACCUAAUCAACAGGCCAUCAGCUACGAUGAUCGUUUUAUACUUCAGUUAGCUUACGAGCGCAAUGCGGCAGUUGUGUCCAAUGAUAAUUAUCGUGAUCUCAUCAAUGAGAAUGCUGCUUUUAAGAAGAUCAUUGAGAAUCGUGUAAUUGGAUAUUCGUGGUGCGAUAAUAUACUAAUAUUACCCAAGGAUCCCUAUGGAAGAUUUGGGCCACCUUUGGCUGAAAUCUUACGUUGUUAGCGUUAAUAGUUUAUU